AUGGCUUCCGCACCGACCAAGCACCUGCUUCAUUUAGAAAUCAAGUUCCAGACGGCUUUUGACACCCUGUGUGCAGCAUUCUGGACCCAGAUCGAGUCCCGCCAGAAGCAUCCCACACUCACUUUAGCCGGGACCACGGAGGCCUCCGGCUUCGUACCAACAUCCUGUUCCUCUUCUAGGCUGAGAGCCAAGAUGAGCAAGUAUCCCACGCAGCCUGCACCUGUGGAAAGCCUACUCGCGGAACUCACACAUGGAGGCACCCUUCCAGACAGGGAUCUUGCUGACCUCACCUAA